ACUGGUAAAGCUAGAAAAUCCAGUAUUCAGUCUCCAUGGCAUGUGUUGAGGAACCCAAACACUUCCCACAGGACGUCCGUGAGGAUACAUGCCUCAGCUGAGCGUGGGAAAUGUGUGGAGCUGCUGGGAGCGGAGCAGGACUCGAAGCCGAGGAGAAGGGGAUGGAGCAGUGGAGGACAAACAGAUGAUCAGCCGAGAGCUGGAGGAGAGAGCUGGGCAAGAGUGGACACGGAUGAGACUGCACUGGAGAAACUGGCCGAGAUGGAGUCCGUUUCUGGCUCUGAUGUGCUUGGUUCUUCUGGAGGAGUCUCCUCUGCACCCCUCUGUCAGUCUGCCUGAAGCCACGGGUCGACUGCUCCUCGCUGGGCUGCUGUGUGCUGCCUUGGCCCUCUGUGCUCCAGCUUUCCAGUUCCUGCUCCGUUAUGAACAGAAAGUAAAGCAGCAUCUCCCAUGCAAUGGUGAGGUGAUAGUGAGACAAACUGCUGAAAACCAGCAAUCCAGCAUACAUCCACAGCAGGACGCAGGUCAUCUGGAAACGCAGGUCAGUGCUCUAGCGGAUGGUUUAGCGGUGUCCCUCCUGCAUGAGCCCCUGCCGGACCCCAGCGAGCCACACAUACGAGGUCUCCUCAACAGACUAGAGGCAGUGUCUCGGACUCUCCACAGGAAGAGUUGUGAGGAAGGACCUGAGGAGAAGGAGAAAUGUGCUCUUCAAGAUAGAGUGAACAGUAUAAGCUCUUACCUGAGGGACAGGUGAGAUGAACUCGAUGAACAGAUACGACAAAUAUUUACCCGAUGUCACCAAUUGUUCAAGGCUUGGUUGUUUCUAGGGUUGAACUCCACCUAAAAUGUCUCACACCCAGUCUUGUGUCAUGCAUGAUUUCAGACAACAAGCUGUCAUGGGACGAGCCGAUGCCUCGCAAUAUCCAGUUUCAUUUGAAUGUUCAUGACAAAUAACUGUGCACUCGUAUAAUGGUGUAGUCAAUGCUUAUGACUAG